AUGCUUCAAAUAGAACAGUUAACUGCUGAAAACGUUAGUUUGAAAGAAGAAUUGGAAAUUUUAACUGCUGAAAACUUCAGUUUGGGUGAAGAAUUAAAAAGUGCAAAAGUAACGAAACAAUCUAAUGCCUUCUUAUUGCCAGGAUUAAUCUUGUUAGAUCAACUAAAACUCUAUCAUUUUACUAUUCUUCAGCGCGUUUACGGUAUUCUUCGAACUUUCAACAAGCAAAACUAUGAUAUAGGACUCAUGCUUGGUGAGAUAUCUCAUGGGCACGAAACUCAUAUUCAUUCAAUUGAAGACAGAAAUAAAUUAAGAAAAGGAGCAGAGGAUUCAUUUGAUACAAAAAAAUACAUGAAUUAUGAAUAUGAAGAGGAUGAGGAUGAUGAAGGAAGUGAAAAUUAUGAAAGUGAAAAUUAUGAAAGUAAAAAUUAUGAAAGUGAAGAUAAUAAAAGUAAAGAUGAAGAAAGUGAAUGUUAUGAAAAUAAAAAUAACGAAGACGAAGAUAAAGAAAAUGAAUUUGAUGAAUUAGAGAAUUUAACUAGCAGAAGUGGUUUGAAUGAUUAUAAUGUCCCAACGUUUAAUACACCAAUUUUACAAAAAAAGAAAAAAAAAGACAAACAACGUCGUCUAAUUUCUGAUUUAUAUUGUUAA